CCAACAGUGCUCUGCAAAAUGCUAAAUUCGGUCUCUUCCUUGCAUCAGAAUUGUCAGUUUUUCCGGUGACCAAACAAUAUCAUUUUCAUGGAGAGAAAGAGAAACACACCUACCAUCCAUACCAUCAUCAGUCCGCUGUUGUUCAUCCUAGCGUUCACCUCCAUUUUGGAGCUCUCAAUCUCCACCCUGUCCUUUGAUUUCUAUGCGGGAUCAUGUCCAAAUGUAGAACUCCUAGUGAGAAAUACAGUGAGAUCAGCAGCUGCCUUUGAUCAGACGGCUCCCGCUAAACUCCUACGCCUGGUCUUCCAUGACUGCAUGGUUGAGGGCUGCGAUGGUUCUGUACUUCUGGAAGGGAACGGCACAGAGAGGGCUGACCCUGCAAAUGCAUCAUUAGGGGGUUUUCAAGUAGUGGAUUCCAUAAAGAACCUGCUUGAAUUUCUAUGUCCGGGGACUGUUUCUUGUGCAGAUAUUCUUGCUUUAGCUGCCAGGGAGAGUGUCAUGAUUGCUGGAGGGCCUUUUGUUAGGAUCUUAACAGGAAGGAGAGAUGGCAGGGUUUCUUCUAUCUCCAAUGUGAGACCCAACAUGGUGGACACCACUUUUAGCAUGGAGCAGAUGGCCCAAGUUUUUUCUUCAAAAGGACUGUCUAUGGAAGACCUCGUAACCCUCUCAGGAGCACACACCAUAGGGACUGCUCACUGUCGUGCCUUCGGCGACCGAUUCGGGGAGGAUGCCAAGGGAAGACCCAUUCCUGUGGACUCUUCCAUGGACAGGGACUAUGCAGAACAGCUGAUCAGCCAAUGCCCUCCCAAUGUGAACCCAGAUGUAACGGUCAACAACGACCCUGCAACAGCCAUGGUCUUUGACAACGUUUACUACCAAAAUUUGAUGAGGGGAAGAGGGCUGUUCCACUCGGACUCAGAGCUCUCCACUGAUGGAAGGACGAGGGACCAAGUUCAAUUCUUCGCUCAAAACCAGGAAGCUUUCUUUCAGAGCUGGGCCAACUCAUUCGUGAGGCUCACUAAUGUGGGUGUGAAGACUGGGGAUGAAGGUGAAGUAAGGAGGAUAUGCGGUGCUGUCAACUGAGUGAAGGCAUUGAGCAGAGUCUUGCAGCAAAUAGCUAUAAAAUAGUAUGGUGUUACUUUUGUACCUUCCUUUUUUUUAUUAAGAAAUGUGAACGCCCUUGUGCCGCUAGAAUGCAAUAAUGGCCAAAUGUGUGUGUUAUUCAUGUAGAAAUAAUGGUUAAGGGUUCUGUGAACAGGUCUUUGAAUAAAUCAAAAUGUCGGUUAAGGACUCGAGA